AUGCCUGCUGCCAAUUAUGGUUCCGAUUCAGCUGCUGCUUCUCGUGUACCUUCUGCAGUUGGUGUAGAAGAAGAUGCAGAACCUGACGAGGCAGUGCCUACAAAUGAUGAUGAAGACGAGAUGAUGUUUCCUGAACUGGUCGAUGUAGCCAGUCAGCAAGCAGUGGAUGACGAGUAUAUGGAGGAGCCCAUCAGCCAAGCUAGGUUUGAUGACACUGACGAUGAAGAGAAGGUGGAGAACAUGGACAGCUUAAUCGAGGAUGAAUACGAUGGUGAUGACAUGCCAACAAUUGAGUGGAACAGGGAAAAACCUGAGCGUAGUAUAAAGAAAAACCCACACAAGCACACCUGUCCACCUGGAGGGGGAGGGGGGAAGGCCAAAACCAAGCUAGCAAAAACUAGGUGGCUGGCAGAUGCUAUAUUGGAUUGGCUGAGACAAGAACCUGGACUUGGUCCAACAGCACUCCAUGGGAAGCUUUUUGAGAAGUACAAGAUAGAAAUUCCUUACAUGAGAAUUUUCAAUGCUAGGGAAAAGGCUCUUGAUAGAAUUAAUGGUCAAUGGAAUGACAGUUUUCAGCUGCUUUACACUUUCAAAGCUGAAGUGGAGAUGGGGUUUCUAGAUGGUUGCAGACCCUAUUUGGCUGUAGAUGCUACACAUUUGACUGGAAGAUGGAGAGGACAGCUAGUAGUAGCUUCUGCAGUUGAUGGACACAACUGGCUAUUCCCAGUUGCAUUUGGUGUGGUGGAGGCAGAGUCUGAGGAAAGUUGGGUCUGGUUUCUGCAGCAGUUGCGCGCAACAUUAUAG